UGCGGGGGCACCGGGCCAUCGGUGGCAGGGACACCAGGACCGACCCCCACAGGGGACGCCAGACUGAGCCCGGGGGGACACUGAGCCCAAGCCCCGGGACUCCCCAGUCAGAGCCCGGGACGAGACGAAGGGGACCCUGGGAUGGAGCCCACGGGAGUCUGGCCACACCCCUCUGCCCCACACUUUGGGGCUCACGGGAUACCCUCUUGUGUCCCCGCACAGCCCCGCAGCUCCCCUGCUCCUGCAGCUGGCGGGGUGGGGGCCCCUGAGCCCCCCGUGUUCCCCCCAGACCCCCCCGCGUUACCCCGAAUCCCCCCUGGGCCCCCCCGUGUCCCCUUCCUGCAGGGGCGGAGGUGUGAGGCAGGAAGGGCUCUGGGGAACAGAGAUGCUCUGUUUUAAGGGGGUUUGGGGUUUUGGCCUCCCCGCCCCUGCAGCCCAUGGCCCCGCUAUAAAAGGUGUCCAGGACACAGGCUGUCACCCACUGCCACCCACCCCCUCAGCAGUUCGACAUGGCUGCCAAAAGCUCGACCCUUCUUUUGGUGCUGGUGGUGGUUGGAGCGGCACAGGCUGUGGCCCCCCUGCCCUGCCAGGGUGACCCCACGUCCCGGUGCCAGGACACGGCCAUGGCCACACGCUGCAGCCAGGAGCAGCAGCGCCAGGACCUCUGGGACAGCCUGGCCCUGGGGGAUGAGGCCGACAGGGACGACGUGGGGCGGGGCCGGAGGAUUAAGUGCAGCCUGUGCACCAAGGCACUGAAGAAGAUACAGACGCUGGCGGGUGAUGACCCUGACGAGGCUGCAGUGACAGCGGCGCUGAAGAAGGGCUGCCGGUUGCUGGGCCGGUUCCUGGGCAGGCAGUGCCAGAAGCUGGUGAACCAGUACCAGGACCAGAUCAGCCAGGGGCUGCAGAAUGGGGACACGCCCCGGGACAUCUGCACCACCAUGGGCAUCUGCAAGGCCUGAGCAUGGUCAGUGCCUGCCUGUACCCUGAUCCUACAGCCCAUGUCCUUCACCCCAUGUCCUGAUCCUGCACCCCACACCCUGAUCCUGCACCCCACACCCUGAUCCUGCACCUCACAUCCUGAUCCUACACCCCCCUGAUCCUACACCCCGUAUGCUGAUUCUGCACCCCAUGUCCUGCACUCCACAUCCCGAUCCUGCACCCCACAUCCCAAUCCUGCACCGCAUAUCCCGUUCCCCCACACUGUGUCUUGUACCCUGUAUCCUGCACCCCACACCCUGAUCCUGCACUCUGUGUCCUGCACCCCAUAUCCUGAUCCUGAUCCCACAUCCCCCACCCUGAAUCCCACACUUUGUACCCCACAGCCUGAUCCCACACCCUGCACCCCACACCUGCCUGGGGAGUGGUUGGAGGUCCUGUGCCUUCUCUGCUGCCCUCCUGUAGGAUGGGAGUGAGCUAGAGCACCCCAGAAUGUGUCCUGGAGCAGGGGGACGGCUGGAGGAGCUGCUUCCACUGGCCUCCAACUCACUCCCUGCUCUUUCCUGUCUCCACAGGGUGCAGCCCCAAGUGCCCCACGAACCCCAAUGUCCCCCCAGCCCCUGAUGCCCCCUAGCCCCGACACCCCCUCCCCCACAAUAAAGUCCCUCCUCUGGC